AUGUCCUCAUCCAAGCGGCAGCGCACUGCGCCCGACGACGGCGACGACAACGACCCCUCGAUCUCCCCGCCCCCAGUCAAGCGCAAGGUCCAGAGCACCGUCACCAACGGCGCAGUUGCCAACUUCUUCAAGCCCGCCUCCCAGAAGAAGGACCAGCCUCGAGUUGCCUGGUCGGAACGCGCCCCAGACGAUGACUCGCCAGCAACCCUCCUUGUCGGACGCUAUGAGGGCAGUGGCGCUGCCAAGGAGCCACCCGAGAUCGAGAAGGGCAGCAAGAGGACCAAGGUCGCCGCCUUCGACCUCGACUCCACCCUGAUAACCUCCGCCUCUGGCAAGAAGUUCACCAACGACCCCGUGGACUGGAAGUGGUGGGACACCGCCGUGCCGGCGAAGCUGCGGAGCAUCUAUCACGAGGGCUACCGUGUCGUCAUCCUCUCCAACCAGAAUGGGCUCUCCCUGCACCGACAACCCGGCGCAAAGGGCCCUGACAACACGAAACGGGUCGCUCCCUUCAAGCAAAAGAUCAGUGCUGUCCUGGCCCAGCUCGACAUCCCCACAUCUGUAUACGCUGCUACCGCGAAAGACGUGUUCCGCAAGCCGAGAAUAGGCAUGUGGCACGAGUUGUGCGAUGACUACCACUUGGAAGACGUUGACAAGGAUGCCAGCAUCUUUGUUGGCGACGCUGGCGGGCGGGUCGCCGUACCUGCAUCCGGAGGCAAAAAGGCCAUAGCAAAGGACUUUAGCUGCUCCGACCGCAACUUCGCCUACAAUGCCGGCAUCAAAUACCAGACACCAGAGGAGUUCUUCCUCGGCGAGCAGCCUCGCGAGUUCUCCAGAGACUUUGACGUGUCGUCAUACACGGCUUCGGACGACCACGGCCGAUUGGAUGGCGUGGUCUUCGAGAAGAAAAAUGCCAAGGAGAUUGUGCUAUUCUGCGGGCCACCCGGCGCGGGCAAGAGCACCUUCUACUGGCGGUACCUGAAACCCCUGGGGUACGAGAGGGUCAACCAGGACAUGCUCAAGAGCAAGGACAAGUGCUUCAAGGCUGCAAGGGAGCACCUCGAGGAGGGGGAGUCAGUUGCAGUCGACAACACGAACCCGGACCCCGAUGUACGGGGCCAAUGGGUUGAUCUUGCAAAAAAGGCCGGUGUGCCCAUCCGGUGCGUGUGGUUCAAGACACCUCUCAGCAUCGCAGAGCACAACGACACGGUCAGGGCCAUGAACAAGGAUAUGAACCCCGAGGCGAGGACCGCCCUCCCAAAGCUGGCAUUCAACGGCUUCGCCAGUCGCUUCAAGCAGCCCAAGGCCAGCGAGGGCUUCCAGGACAUCGUCGAGGUCGACUUCCAGUUCCGUGGGUCCAAAGAGGAGCUGGCAAUCUGGGGCAGGUACUGGCUGUGA